AUGUUCAUCAUUAACUGGUUCUGGGACAUCCUCGCCCAGCUGGGCCUCAUGAACAAGAACGCCAAGCUCCUGUUCCUGGGUCUCGACAACGCGGGCAAGACGACCCUCCUCCAUAUGCUCAAGAACGACCGCCUCGCCACCCUCCAGCCCACGCUGCACCCCACGUCCGAGGAGCUCGCGAUCGGCAACGUCCGCUUCACGACCUACGACCUUGGCGGACACAUGCAGGCCCGCCGCCUGUGGCGCGACUACUUCCCCGAGGUCGACGGCAUUGUCUUCCUCGUUGACGCUGCGGACACCCUGCGCUUUGGCGAGAGCAAGUCCGAGCUCGACCAGCUGCUCUCGAUUGAGGAGCUCGCCAACGUUCCCUUCCUCAUCCUCGGCAACAAGAUUGACGCCGUCGGUGCCGUCUCGGAGGAAGAGCUCCGCCACCAGCUCGGCCUCUACCAGACCACCGGCAAGGGCAAGGUGCCCCUCCGGGACAUCCGCCCCAUCGAGGUCUUCAUGUGCUCGGUCGUCAUGCGCCAGGGCUACGGCGAGGGCUUCCGCUGGCUCUCCCAAUACAUUUAA